AUGGCGGGAGACGAUAACUACACGAAAGAUGGCACGGUCGACUACAAGGGUAGGCCGGCUAACCGGAAGAAAACGGGAACAUGGAGGGCCUGCCCCUUUAUAGUUGGAAAUGAAUGUUGUGAGAGAUUAGCCUACUAUGGAAUGAGCAGCAAUCUCUUCCUCUAUUUCACCAACCAACUCAAUGAACACAACGCCGCAGCCUCCAAAAACCUUUCUAAUUGGUCGGAAACUUGCUACGUCAUGCCGUUGGUCGGAGCGUUCCUAGCCGAUUCGUAUCUCGGCCGAUACUGGACCAUCGCCACUUUCUCCAUCACCUACGUCAUCGGAAUGACACUUUUGACCCUAUCUGCCUCGGUCCGCGGACUAAAGCCCACGUGCCAGAAGAAAGACAAGUGCCAUGCCACAUGGUCGCAAACUGCGGUCUGCUUCGUGGCAUUGUACCUGGUGGCACUGGGGACCGGCGGGAUCAAGCCGUGUGUGUCGUCGUACGGUGCAGAUCAAUUUGACGACGCUGAUGAAGAGGAGAAACUUCACAAGGGCUCGUUCUUCAAUUGGUUCUAUUUAUCAAUCAAUAUCGGCGCGUUGACUACAGGAACACUCCUUGUUUGGGUACAAUUGAAUGUCGGUUGGGGGUUAGGGUUCGGUAUUCCAACCGUGGCGAUGGGAGGCGCCGUUGUGUUAUUCUUCUCCGGUACCCGAUUGUACCGGUACCAAAAGCCCGGCAGCAACCCCCUAACACGUAUGUGCCAGGUGGUGGUGGCUGCCGUGAGGAAACGUAAUGUUCGAUUGCCCGAUGACACAUCUCUUCUCUACGAGACAUCCGAUGCGGACUCGGUCAUAGUAGGUAGCCGAAAACUUGAGCACACCAACGAGUUACGUUACUUUGACAAGGCAGCGGUGGAGAUCGAAUCCGACCACGUCAGAGACUCCACAAACCCAUGGAGUCUCUGCACGGUGACGCAAGUGGAGGAGCUGAAGGGAAUAUUCCGUCUGCUCCCCGUAUGCGCCACCGGAAUAAUGUUCAGCACCGUGUACGAGCAGAUGGGCAACCUCUUCGUCCUCCAAGCCGUCUACAUGGACCCGAAGCUCACCCAGCGCUUCGCCAUCCCGGAGGCCUCCCUCUCCAUCUUCGACACCCUCAGCGUCAUCUUCUGGGUCCCCGUCUACGACCGCCUCAUCGUCCCGGCCGCCCGCCGCCUGACCGGCUGCCCCACCGGGAUCACCCAGCUCCAGCGCAUCGGCUUCGGCCUCUUCGUCUCCGCCUUCUCCAUGGUCGCCGCGGCCGUCCUCGAGGUCUACCGCCUCCGGGCAGUGGUGCGCCAUGGCCCGGGGACGGUGUCGGUAUUCUGGCAGGUGCCGCAGUACUUCAUCAUCGGGUGCGCGGAGGUGUUCGCGAACAUCGGGCAGAUGGAGUUCUUCUACGGGCAGGCGCCGGACUCCAUGCGGAGCCUGUGCGCGGCGCUGUCGCUCGGCACCACCGCGCUCGGGAGCUACCUGGGCGCGGCGCUGGUGGAGGCCGCGACGGUGGCCAGCGCGAGGGGUGGGGCCUCCUGGUGGAUACCGGAUGACUUGAACCGUGGGAAUUUGCAUUAUUUCUUCUUGCUCUUGGCUCUAUUGAGUGCGGUGAAUUUGGUGGUGUUUGUUUUUGUUGCUAGGAGGUAUACUUGCAAGAAAACGUCGGGAUAU